UAUCUGUUAUGUAAAGAGGAAAUGCUGUUACUAAAAGAUCUGACAAGCACCUGGUUGUCUUCUGUAAAAAGUUGCCCUCCAGAAACUUAAUAAUUCCUUGAUUGUUUGCUGUGUCCUACACUUACCACAGGAUCUGCGCAGCUAGGGCAUUUACAGCACGAGCGGUUUAUCUUGUCCAAAACCAGCAUUAUGUAACCUUCCCCUGUUGUUCCUUCCAUGGCUUUUGGUCUAGAAUGUGCUUCCCUGUCGUUUGUAAAUGUUCUUACCAUGCCAGAGCGAGCAGCCAUCCAGAGAAUUUAAGUGUGAAUGUUUGGUUUUAGGCACACGAAGCCUCCCAUCACCAACAGCAGGCAGCACAGAACAGUUUGUUGCCUCUCCUGAGCUCUGCUGUUGAGCCGCCCGAUCAGAAGCCGAUUCUGCCCUUACCAAUAACGCAGAAACCUCAGCCUGCACCAGAAACAUUAAAGGAUGCUAUUGUUGGGAUUAAAAAGGAAAAACCUAAAACCUCCUUUGUGUGCACUUACUGCAGCAAAGCUUUCAGGGACAGCUACCAUUUGAGACGUCACGAGUCCUGCCACACAGGGAUAAAGUUAGUGUCACGGCCAAAGAAAACUCCCACCACAAUGGUGCCCCUUAUCUCGACCAUCGCUGGUGACAACAGCCGGAGUUCACUGGUUUCGACUAUCGCAGGCAUCCUGUCCACAGUCACUACGUCUUCCUCUGCCACCAACCCCAGCAGCAGCGCCGGCGCCACGGCCAUGGCGGUGACGCAGACGGUGAAGAAGCCCAGCAAGCCCGUGAAGAAGAACCACGCUUGUGAGAUGUGUGGAAAGGCCUUCAGGGACGUCUACCACCUCAACCGGCACAAGCUGUCCCACUCCGACGAGAAACCCUUCGAAUGUCCCAUUUGCAAUCAGCGCUUCAAGAGAAAGGAUCGCAUGACCUACCACGUGAGGUCUCACGAAGGUGGCAUCACGAAACCCUACACCUGUGGUGUUUGUGGAAAAGGCUUCUCAAGGCCUGAUCAUUUAAGCUGUCACGUUAAACAUGUUCACUCAACAGAGAGACCCUUCAAAUGCCAAACGUGCACUGCUGCCUUUGCCACCAAAGACAGACUGCGGACACACAUGGUGCGCCAUGAAGGAAAGGUAUCGUGUAAUAUCUGUGGUAAACUUCUGAGUGCAGCAUAUAUCACCAGCCACUUAAAGACACACGGGCAGAGCCAAAGUAUCAACUGUAAUACCUGUAAACAAGGCAUCAAUAAAACAUGCAUGAGUGAAGAGACCAGCAACCAGAAACAGCAACAGCAGCAGCAACAACAGCAACAACAACAACAACAACAGCAGCAGCAGCAGCAGCAACAGCAACAGCAACAACAGCAGCAGCAGCAGCAACAGCAGCAGCAGCAGCAACACGUAACAAGUUGGCCUGGAAAGCAGGUAGAGACCCUGAGAUUGUGGGAAGAGGCCGUCAAAGCGAGGAAGAAAGGUAAAACAAACCAAUAUUGACACAUUUGGGUUUGUGAGAUAGGGGAGGUUACAGUCAGACAGGGAAUUGAAGAUGUCAGGAAGGAUGUCUUACAUGACAGUUUCAUUCUUAGAAGUCAUAGCUAAGAGAGAGCAGGAGGAAACAGCCCCCAGAUUAAUUAGGCUGUGUUAAAUGACCUGCUCAUGACUUGCUCCCUUGCUCUCUGUGCUUUCCCAUGUCCUUAGAGUCUUCAGUUACAGAGGGGAGCUUGUGUCUGCUCCAGGGCAGGAGUGUGGGCUUUGACUUGCAUGUGGCUUCUAGCUGUGUUUGUGCUUAUUUACCCUGUUCACUUGUGCGUACACACACACACACACACACCCCCCCUCUGUUCUUGCACCUUGUAUGCUUUCUGUGUCCCCCAGUUUAUUCCAUCUGCUCUAUCAUCAUGUAACUGUCUUUGCAUGAAGUUUUCUAGACCUCAGAGAACUUUUUUUCUCUUUCUCUGUUGCUUUUUUUCAUUACAAAAUGAGGUAAUCAGUGAUCCUGUUCCUCCAUCAGUGCUGGCUCACAGCUUACCUCACCUGUGCUGCUGUAAUUGAAGUGGAAUUGCUGUUGUUGGUCACUGUGUCAGCUGGUAGAGAACAGAUUGCUUCCAUUUAGUGUUUUAGGAUACAGUAGUCAAAAUUCUCCCAUUACUGCUGUUUACUUGAUUCACAGUAGUUAGAUUAUUAAUGCCCAUCAUGUGACUUCAUGGAUUACAUGUUUUAGAAGUUCUUAAUGACCACUGCUUAUUGUUUUUCAAUGGUUGUUUUUAGGAAUGUUUUUGACUCACCUUAUUUUUUUCUUUUCUCUCAACCUUCCUUUCAGUUUCUUCAAUCUGUUUUUGUUUUCUAGGUUCUUGUUUGUGUUUUAGGCUGCUUGCUUCCUUUCCAAUUGUUAUGCCAGUAAUUGAAUUCUGUCAUCAGACAGUACAGAAAUAGCUUAUUCACAUCUAAAUGUAGUGAUAACAGAAACAUUACAUAUCAUCAGGCCACUAAAUAGAUAAAGCAAAUUAUGAUGGAUUUAGAAAAUCACUGAGAAUUAUUUUCUGCUUGUUCUUUCGUAUGUCUUGUUUCCUUUUCCUUUCUUAUUGAGAAUUUUGAAUAUACUUUUACAGAACAGUGGUUUGGGGCAGGA